CAUGUUGGGACUAUGAACCAGGUUGGUCUCAACAUGGGCCCCCGUCAUGCACGGGUUUUUGGACCUGCUGUUUCAUUCACAAAGAAGCUAGUCAAGGAAAAGAUGGUUGAUCACGAUGAAGAUAUCAUCGGUGCUGCUUCCCUGAUAUGGUCUAUUGCACAGGCUGUUCUUCCACAGGAUGUCCUUCAGGUCAUGUAUGAUCAUAUCGCAGCUGAAGAGUUACCACUCCUGCAGACUCGGAAUGUUGCUCCUGGAUCAGGUUUUACCCUCCAAAUUGACAGUACCGAAUACUUUUUUCCAUAUACAGAGCGUGCACCACCAGAAGUUUAUAUCAAUAGGGCAUAUUCUGCGUGA